UUUCUCUGAUAUUUUUCUACUUAAAUAACGCAUCCAUUAUGGAUAGCAGAAUCGAAAUACACAUGCAGGAAGGAAAGUUAAUUGGCAUCAUAGAUAAAGAUAUUUAUGAUAAUUAUUACAUAGACUUUCGAGGAAUGCCAUAUGCGAAACCACCGAUUGAAAAACUUAGAUUUAAAGAUCCGAUACCAACAAAAUCAUGGUCCGGUAAAAGAAACGCUUCGAAAUAUGGAAACAACACCGUUCAAAUAAAUAAUCUUAUACAAAUUGAAAUUGAGGGCAGUGAAGAUUGCCUUUAUUUAAACGUGUACACCACGAAUAUCAAAUCUUCGUAG